AUACCAGAACAGAACAGAAAGAGAGGAAGCAAGCCAAUGGGUGAGAAGGAAAAUCAGAGCCAGAAUGAAGGUGAGAAGAAGGACGAAGGAGGGAAGAAGGAAGACGGAUCGGUAAUGGUGGUUUUGAAGGUGGAUAUGCAUUGCGAAGGAUGUGCGAAGAAAGUGAAACGCGCUGUCAAAGGUUUUCAAGGUGUUGAAGAUGUGAAAGCUGACUUUAGCAGUAACAAGCUUACGGUGAUAGGGAAGGUGGAUCCAGUGAAGAUCCGAGAAAGGAUAGAGCAGAAGACGAAGAAGAAGGUUGAACUCAUCUCCCCCUUGCCCAAAGACGGCGGCAAAGAUGGUGGUGGCGGCGGGGGUGAUGGAGACAAAAAGACGGAAGAAAAAUCGGCGAAGAAACCAGAUGAUAAGAAAAUCAAACAGGCUCCGGCAACGACGGUGAUUCUGAAGAUCAGAUUACACUGCGACGGUUGCAUCCAGAAAAUUCGCCGAAUCAUUUUGAAAAUUAAAGGCGUUGAAAGCGUGAACAUUGAUGCAGCUAAGGAUUUGGUGACAGUGAAGGGAACAAUGGACGUCAAAGCUCUCAUACCUUUCCUUAAGGACAAACUUAAGAGGAGUGUAGAGAUUGUUCCGGAAAAGAAAGAAGAACAGAAGAAGGAAGAGAAGAAGGACAAAGAAGGUGGAGAGAAGAAGGACAAAGAAGGUGGAGAGAAGAAGGAAGAGAAGAAGGACAAUGAAGGUGGAGAGAAGAAGGAUGGCGAUGGCGGUGGCGGUGGCGGAGACGGAGAGAAGAAAGAGAAGGCUGCUGAGGGUGGUGGAGACGACAAAGCUGCUGCCGCCGCAGGCGGAGGAGGAGAGGGUGAGAAGAAGGAAGAACAACCAAACAAGGCGGAGGUGAACAAGUACGAAUACUAUGCUCCUGGAUACAUGGUGGAGUACGUGUACCCUCCUCAGCUUUUCAGUGACGAGAACCCGAACGCCUGCUCCAUAAUGUGAAAAAAGGAAAAAG